GAGAAGAUACAAAGAAAGGAGUAGGAAAAGACGAGAGGAAAGGGUAAAGCGUUGAAGCCCCUCCCUCGUCAACCCCCACCACCAAGUGUAGAAGGAUUAUCCGGUCGUCCAGCAAAAUCCCCACCAAAGGUACGACAGGACCGCAACCCACCUGUACCACUUGGAUAGACUGUGCCGAUCCGACGCACAGUAUGCCUAUAAGGCCCAUUCGAGAAACACUUACGAGAGCGAGCCGUGCCGCACGGCAAACGAGCGAGCGAACGGAAACUCGAUCCAAGUGGGACCGUGGAAAAUAAAUGUGCAGAAGUGGGGGCCGAUUCAAGAAUCGACGUGGACACCCUCACCUACCAAAGUCAUUCACCUAACGGUCAUCGGCGCGUCAAGAGUCUUCAUUUUCUUCCGUUAUCCGGUCGCACCAGUCGCGAGAAUUCGCAUUCGCCGUCGUCGGUUCGCGACCUUUUGCACGAAACUAGUCGCGGCAAGGAGGCAAUCAAGAGGCACGGACUGGUGCGGUUCAACUUGAGGUUCAAUUCGUUCGAUGCUGUUAGUAGUGAUUUCUCUUCCAUGUCGAGCGGAUAUCUUUUCGGAUAGAAGACUUGACACAUGUUAAUAACGUCAAGAGACCUUAUUUAGAAAUGUAUGCAUUGUGGAAAGUACCCUCCUAAGUGUGUUUGAUUGACCGUGGAAUUUUGUGUCGUGUUGCUCUCAUCUGUGAUCACCCGAGGACAAUGAACAAAAAUUUUCGGUGUCUUGUGCCUUGUCAAAUGCGAAUGUUGAGGUGACCAGUGGCGAAGAGCGCCACUAGAAGACUUGCCUUCGAAGAUUAGUGGUGAUUCAGUGGAAUAGAAUCCAACUGAGCCAAAUCGAUGCUGAAUGCUGUUCACAUCUGUCCUUAACUCAUCGUAACGACAAAAAUGAACCAGCAAUGCAAGGUAUGCGGCGAACCAGCGGCUGGCUUCCACUUUGGCGCGUUCACCUGCGAGGGCUGCAAGUCAUUCUUUGGGCGCUCAUACAAUAACCUGAAUAGCAUCGCCGAAUGCAAGAAUGGGGGCGAGUGCGUGAUAAACAAGAAAAAUCGUACCGCAUGCAAAGCCUGCCGCUUAAGAAAAUGUCUCCACGUCGGCAUGUCCAAGUCUGGUUCACGAUACGGCCGCAGAUCCAACUGGUUCAAAAUCCAUUGUCUUUUACAGCAACAACAGCAACAGCAAAUAGAACAACAACAGCAACAGCAGCAGCAACAUCAUUACACGCCGGCUAUUCUCGGUCGGCAGCAACUACCGCAUCAGCUCUCGCAACAGCCGACGAGCUCUCCUAUUCACGGUAGCCAACGCAAGGACGAAACCAUGAUGCUCAGUCUAGACGACUACAAGAAUUCGAACUCACCCAGCAUCAGCUCGCCUGAAUCUCACAAUAGCGAUAGCUCCGUCGAGGUCUCCGAGAAGAGAGCGGUCUUCAUCGGACACCCCAGUUUACGACCGAUGCAUCCGCCAUUGCAGUUGCAGCAGCCUGUGGCUGAUCUGUCCGUCUUGAGCAAGGAGAUGAUGGGUCUACCGUUGGGCUUCCCACUCGGCAAUAUGUCGUUGCUGCCAUCGGCUUUUCUACAGCCGCCUGGUCUUACCAUGUUUUCACCCUACGCUCACAUCUACGCGACGCAUCACGGCGCGUCCCACCCUUUCAUGACGAAUCAUCCGUCUAGCAUGCUGCGGCGCUCGCCGGUGACGACGAAUGAUGAGAACGACAGUCCUACGACAUCGACCGUAACAUCGUCGACGACAGCGACGAUCGGAUCAAGAGUGUCGACAUCGUCCGUCAAUGACAAUGAUUUUUGCGAGAGGAACAACAAUAACGAUCGAUUCUGUCUGGAGACGGUCCUGAAGAGCGAACGAACGUUAUCGGAGAGAUCGCCGACUCCGAAGGAAACGCGAACUUCCGAGGAUGAAUCAUUCGAGUGUAGUUCGGAACGAGAAGACGCUUGUCAGCCACCGCAGGAUAAUCCGAUAGAUCUUUCCAUGAAAACCAUCGCGAUACCUGUGAACAAUCAUUUGCAAGACGAUGAAACAGAAAGCGCCAGUGACACAGAAAGUUCGUCCGCGAAGAAACCGAUAGAUUUAACGACGAGAUCCUAAAGUCUAAAAAAAACUUUAACUAGAAAGAACGAAAGAAAUUAAAACAUCGAAAAAUAAAGACAUUCAUUUUAUAUUCUUAUUUCGCUAUUAUAGGAAGAUCCAAGAGAAAUAAUAUAUCGGAAUAUUUCCGUUGCAAUAGAGAAAUGAAAAAAAUAUCUGCCCAACUCGAAAUUUUGUUCCUAUUUUCAACAUUUUCACAUUUAUUCCAAAGGAUUUCGAUAGGUUUAAUUUAUUAACAGAAGUUGAGCUCCUACUAUGUAUCUCACAUAAAAAAUUAAUAGGUUAAAUAAGUUCAAAAAAAUAUAAUCUAACUGUUUAAAAUAUCAAAAUGUUGGAUUGAAAAUUGAGAUAAAAAGUAGAAGAAAACUUGUGUCUUAAGUGCGGAAAAAGUUUUACACAAUUCGAAAUGACAAUUCUAUUGUAAAACUUUUUCUUCAGAUAUUUUUUUAUAUCUUUAAAAGCAACGGAAAUAUCCAGUAUUUCUGAUAAACCCUCUUUAUACAAGAUCUACAUUUCCAUGAGUAAUUUUCUUAUCUUAUGAUUGUUUUAUCGUUUAUGACACAAAAUCUAAUCGCAAUUCUCCAAAAAACUGAAUUUGAAAGUAUAGAGCGUUGAUGACACAAAGGAUCUGCGAAAAAAUCGACAGAUUUAAUAUCAUUACCUAUAGAAACUAGAUUAAGAAGGAAAUAAAACAAAGCAAAGAUAUUUAUUUUAUAUUUUUGUGUCUCGUUGUUCGUUAUAAGACCCCCUGUACAUGUGAGUGAUUUUUCCGCCGCGUUAUUUUAUCGCUCGUGUACAAGAAGUCUAACAGCCAUUGAUAAUCCUUUAAGAGAAAAAUCCGAGUAGUUUGAGUAUUAUAUAUAAUAAAUUAGAUAUAUAAAGCUUGUGUGAUAUUUAAACAAGUACAUUUAAAAA